GCUGUUGUGCUUAUUCUUCUUUAGGCUACUGUAUCUGUUAAUUAUGCGAAUGCUUCACCCAACAAUAGGCUACGCUGUAUCUGGUUGUCUCCUGCGUCUAAGGAAUAAAUCGCUUUUACGCUCAUUGAAGGUAGCUAUUUUAUAGAAGUUUAUAACUGCAUAACAAACUAAAAUCAUAUUUAGCUUUAACCGCCAGUCGAGGACACAUUUCUGAGAGCGUGACAAUGAGGACGUCUCACAGCUCAGCAGUAAUGCUAGAUGUUGAAGACCAAUGUCAUUUUCAGUCAGUGUUUUCAACGUUUGCCAUGGUUGGAAAAGAGAGGAAAGGCAUAAUUAAAAUGGCCAAAUGGCGUCAAACGGCAAACCACGCUGCUCAAUUUUGAGACAGGGGUCCUGAAAUCGCUGUCGGGUUGAUGUCCAGCAAAUCGACAUGGACACAUCCGAUACUGUGAGGCACAACGGAAGGCAGCGGAAACCGGUCGGUUCGGCGGACCGCGGCGGCGUCGCGCGAUCGAACUCGGAAACGGAGGAGACGACCUUGCUGCAGGAUUCGGACUCGCGCUCCGGCUCAGACGCGGGGGAGGAUGGCCUCCCCACUGUACCUCCGAGCCUCAAGGGGGAGCUCGGAAACGUGCUACUGCUGUUCUUUCUGUACGUAUUGCAAGGGAUACCCUUGGGGCUGGCCGGGAGCAUACCUUUAAUCAUGCAGAGCAAGAAGGUCAGCUACAAAGACCAGGCCUACUUCAGCCUGGUCUUCUGGCCGUUCAGCCUGAAGCUACUGUGGGCGCCCCUAGUGGACGCCAUGUACGUCCAGAGGUUCGGCCGCAGGAAGUCCUGGCUGGUCCCGACCCAGUACCUGCUGGGACUGUUCAUGCUCUACCUGUCCGUCACGGCGGAGUCGCUGCUGGAGGGCGACGGUCGCCACGGGCCGGACGUCUUCGCCAUCACGGCGCUCUUCUUCACGCUGUCCUUCCUGGCGGCCACGCAGGACAUCGCGGUGGACGGCUGGGCGCUCACCAUGCUCUCCCGAGCGAACGUGGGCUACGCCUCCACCUGCAACUCGGUGGGCCAGACGGCCGGCUACUUCCUGGGCAACGUGCUGUUCCUGGCGCUGGAGUCGGCCGACUUCUGCAACAAGUACCUGCGGCAGGAGCCCAGGGACACCGGCAUAGUCACGCUCUCAGACUUCCUGUUCUUCUGGGCGGCGGUGUUCAUGGUGACGACCACGCUGGUGGCCGUGCUGAAGCGGGAGGACGCGCGACCGCGGGACGGGAGGAGUCCGGAGGAGGCGCAGGGGGGGAGGAGUCGGGAGGAGACGCAGGGAGUUCGGGAGACCUACAGGCUGCUCCUCUCCAUCGUCAGGAUGCCGACCGUUUUCACCUUCUGCUGCCUGCUACUCACGGCCAAGGUGGGCUUCUCCGCGGCGGACGCGGUGACGGGGCUGAAGCUGGUGGAGGCGGGCGUGCCCAAGGAGCAGCUGGCUCUGCUGGCGGUGCCCAUGGUGCCCCUCCAGAUCCUGCUGCCGCUCAUCAUCAGCAAGUACACCGCCGGGCCCCGCCCCCUGGACAUCUUCUACAGGGCCUUCCCGUUCAGGCUGCUGAUGGGGCUGGUGUACGCCCUGCUGGUGUGGUGGACCCCCACCGUGAAACAGGGGGGCGGAUUCCCCGUCUACUAUUACGCCGUGGUGCUGCUCAUCUAUGCCAUUCACCAGGUGGCGCUCUACAGUAUGUAUGUGGCCACGAUGGCCUUCCAUGCCAAGGUCAGUGACCCCAUGAUCGGGGGCACCUACAUGACCCUGCUGAACACGGUCACCAACCUGGGGGGGAACUGGCCCUCCACCCUGGCACUGUGGCUGGUGGACCCCCUCACUACCAAGGAGUGCCAGGGGCCAGGCUCACCGAGCUGUGGGUCCCCAGCGGAGGCAGAGCUGUGCGCUCAGGAGGGGGGUGUGUGUGUCACCGUGCUGGACGGAUACUACGUGGAGUCGGUGGUGUGCGUGGUGCUGGGGCUGUGCUGGUGGCUCUGGCUGGGGAAGAGGAUGAGGGGCCUACAGGACCAGAGCCCCGCAGCCUGGAAGUGCCGAAAGACCCAGUGACCUCUGACCCCAGUGACCUGCCGCGCCCUCGUACCUCCCCUCUUCACCUCCUCCUUCCCCCCGGUUCUUAAAAGGCUUCGCUUACUUCUCCCUAUCUCUGUUUUCCUUCAUGUUCUUCUCUCUGUCUCUCCCUUCCCUCUCUCCCUCUCUCACUCUCCUUUUUCUCUCAAUUCCCUCUCC